UGGAAAGAUGACACAAACACUUUAUUACACAGAACAAAACGUGAAACUUCCAUUAACCAAAACGCAAAAAACGCUCAUCGACAUUCGACACUACACAACAACCCUUCAAUUCAAUUCAAUUCAAUUAAUCACUUUUCUAACAAAAUCGCUUCUCACUCACUCAAACUCACCACCAUCUCUUACUUUCCAUUCACAGAUUCAAUUCACACAAACUUUCGUUUUCCACAUUACGCUAACUUAACUCUUCAACAUCAACAAUCUUUCCAGCAGAUUCUCCAUCACUUUCCAGAUUCUCUCUGUGUUUGAUCUUGAAGUUGGCAUUAUUGGGUUUUAUCAUUUGUGGUUUCUGAACCUGAAAGUUCUAAUUUUUAUUUUUGUUUGUGUGUUUGGAUAGUGAGUAGUGUUUCUAAGAAGUUGGAAUAGAAAUUAUAGCUGGGUAGAUGGAGGAUGAUAAGAAAAGGAGAAAAAAUAAGAAGAAAAAGAACAAGCAAAACAAGAAUGUGGAUACCGGGGUUCUGAAUUCGGUGAAUAAUGGUAAGGAUGAGCUAGCUAGUUUGUCCGAGGCUGCAAAAAAUUCGACUGGGGAUGGAGAAACAGGUAACGGGGGUCAAAAUCUGGUGAAUAAUAAUGGUAAGGAUGAGCAUGUUAGUCUUUCUGAGGUUGCGGCAAAUUCAAUUGGGGAUGGAGGAAAAGAUUCCAUGGAUCAGAAUUUGGUGGAAAAUGCCAAGGAUGAGAAUACUAGUCUUUUCAAGACUGCGGAAAAUCCAAUUGGAGAUGGAGAAACAACUUCUGGGGAUCAAAAUCUGGCAAAUAAUACUAAGGACGAGCAUGCUAGUCUUGGGGAUGGAAAAAGAGAUACGGAUACCAGGGAUGAUAAUCUGGUGAAUGAUGCUGGUCUUUCUGAGGUGGCGGUAAACUCAAACGGGGAUGGAGAAACUUCAACUAUGGAUCAGAAUUUAGUGAAUAGCGGUAAGGAUGAGCCUGCUCAGCUUUUGGGGGCAACUGUUGAGAAAAGUGUGAGUGUGGAUUGGAAUGGAGAUGUGGAAGUCGCAAACAGAGAUCUGAAUCUGGUGAAAAGUGGAAAGGGCGAGUCUGCUCAACCAGUGGAGUCUGCAGAUGGGCAAAGUACUACUGUGGAUUCCAAUGGACAUCUGCCAAAUGGUAAAGAAUGUAACAUAUUGGACGAAACAAUUAGAAACUUAAAAGAAGAGAAUGCUAAGCUCAUCCAGAGAGAGAACAUAUUGGACGAAACAAUUAGAAACUUAAAAGAAGAAAAUGCCAUGCUCCUCCAGAGAGAGACCAUAUCAGAGGCGACCAUCCAGAAAUUAAAAGAAGAAAAUGAUUCACACAUUCGUAAAGAGGUCAUGUCAGAAGAGAUGGUCAGGAAGCUGAACGAAGAAAAUAAUAUGCACAUUAUGAAAGAGACCAUAUCCGAAGAUACAAUCAAAGAAUUGAAUGAACAAAAGGACAUGCAUGCGCAAAAGGAGGUUGCAUUAGAAGAGCAGUUCAGAAAAUUGAAAAAAGAACUUGAUAUGCAUGUUCAUAAAGAGGUCAUAUUAGAAGAUACAAUUAGAAAAUUGAAUAAGGAAAAUGAUAUUUAUAUGCAAGAAGAGGCCACUUCAAAAGAGACAAUAAGAAAAUUGAAAGAAGAAAAUGAAGUGGGCACUCAGAAAGAGGCCAUAGCAGAGGAGACAAUUACAAAAUUGAAAGAAGAAAUUGAUAAACACAUUCAUAAAGAGGUUACCUUGGAAAAGGUUAUCAAUCAAUUACAAACUGAAAAUGAAUUGCAGAAACAAACAAAGACUGAUCUAGAGCUGAGAAUUGCACAAUUGCAUAAUGAGAUUCAUUCCUUACUUCAAAAAGAGGCUGGAUUGGUGGAAAAAACAAAUCUGUUACUGGGUGAAAAGGCUGGAUUGAUGGAAAAAACCAAUAUGUUACAGAAUGAAAAGGAGGGUUUAGAGCAAAAAGUAAAUAUUCUGGAGAGCAAUUUGAGUUCCUUUAGUGAGAAAGAGGCUGGAUUGGUGGGAAAAACCAGUCUGUUACUGAGUGAAAAGGAGGGUUUAGAGCAAAAAGUAAAGAUUCUGGAAAGCAAUUUGAGUUCCUUUAGUGAGAAAGAGACUGGUCUGGAAAUGAGAAUAGCACAAUUGCGUGAGAAUAAUUCCUUGCUUCAAAAAGAGACUGGAUUUGUUGAAAAAACCAAUCAGUUGCUGAAUGAAAAAGCCAUUUUGAGCCUAAAAGUGGAGAGUUUAGAGCGAAAAGUAAAUCUUCUGGAGAGUGAUUUGAGUUCUUCUGUUGAGGAAGAGAACUCGACUAAAGAAGUUAUUUCAAAUCUCAAAGGAAACAUCAGUAUGCUACAAGUGCAGGUGGCAGAGUUGGAAGAGUCCAAGAAUAAUCUUUUGCUAGAAAACCAGCAAUUGAGGGAAAACAUGUCAGGUCUUCAUUCAACAAUCCAGAAUCUUGAAAACAGUAUCUCUUCUUCCGCUUCACAGGAUGCACCUGCAAAGGAUAAUGCUUCUGAAAACGAGGUGUUGAAAUCUCAAAUUGAAGAGGCCUAUAUGUUGGUGGAAAAAUUGAUGGCGGAAAAUGCUGAACUUGUUGAGAAGGUCCAGAAGCUAUGUGUUGAACUAGAUCGACGAGACACGGAAAUUAGACUUUCUGGAGUUACUAGACCUGAUGAGUUGAUUGAAUUUGUUAAACCCGCUGGUGUUGCCAUUGCUGAACCUGAAUCAUCUGAGAUUACGUCUAUAUCAGCACCGGAGUUGGAUUCGUUGGAAAAGACUUUGGUUAAUCAUAAUAGCGACUCUAUUCAUGCCGAGCAUGCUAUUGGGGUGAUUUCAAACUCUUCACUGGUACCUGAUGAUUCUGAUGACAUUGUUCAAAUUCCACUUGAUGAUAAUGAUGUAAGAGAUAUACAGCCACAGGAUACCAAGAAUGUGGAAAAUGAUGAUGCUGUGCCAAUAACAGAUGCUCCUCUUAUUGGUGCUCCAUUUCGUCUGAUAUCGUAUUUUGCUAAGUAUGUUAGUGGUGCAGAUUUGAUUAACCAAAACUCCUCAAACACCAGUAAUUGAUUUUUGAUAGUGGGUGAAACAGACAAUUAUCAUUUUUGUUAUGGCGGUCCAUAAUAUACAGUAACCUCACUUACAUUAGUCAGAAUAGCAAUAUAGGUUUGGCCAAAUUCGGCCAUUUUUAUAUCUGUAUGCCAAUUCUUUGAACAUUAGGAAAUAUUGUAUCAGGAAGGAAUUUAGAGUUUUAUAUUGUGGUUCUUUACUUUGUGUUGCUUUCAUAUAUGGAAAUGAUACGACUCAUGAGUAGGAAUCGAGGGUGCGCUUGGGUAUACAAUUUAAUUAAGUUCUUUUUGCAUAUAUAUAUAUA